CUACGGCUGGGCGCUGACAAGCAGUGGUGGUGAAGUCACCAAGUUCAAGGUAAUUUGUUGCACAGCACGGGUAUUUAAUGCAGGAGGGACUCGAUAAACAUUUAGGCAGGAAAAGAAAGAAGAACAAAGGAGGGAGGGAGGAGCCACCAGGAAGGAAGGAGGGUGACUGCAGAGACUGGCCCUGGGCAGCAGUACCAGGGGCGCAGGGAGCCUGGCCCGGCCCGUUGUCACUGGAAUUCAUGCCAUGCAGACUUCUACAUCAAAGGGAAACAAGGUCGGGAGGGCCGAGGGGUCCAUGGCACUCCGCACCCACGGGGCCAGGCUGGCACAACGCCCCAACGCUGCAAUCCUGGGAAGAGUCACACGCGCCCUCCCGGGACCCACGUGACCAUCAAGGGAGUGUGGAGGACACAUCCCUCGGGGGUGACGCCCCUGCAGAUGGAGUUUCCCCAUCUGUGCCACCCUUGCAAGGCCUGGGAAAGGCUGCGGGGCCAGGCGGCACCGGGCAAGCUGAGUGCCAGGUGGUCGUUGCAACACACCGGGCAAAUCUGAAACCAUGGGACGGACGAGCUGCACCCCUGGGAAAGAGGACAGAGGGAGGCCGGUUAUCAACGUCCUCCUGUGCCUCAGUUUCCAGAAACAAGCCAGACUCAGUGCCUCAGGGAGACCCCGUGUGGCCUCCGGAGAGCACGGGACCCGUCCUUUGUGCAGGUGAGGAAACCGAACCCCAGAGCAGUGAGGGACUGGCCUGGAGACCCUGGGCUCAGCCCUGGGCGCCUUCCCUCUGCCCAUCUCAGACAGGCACAGCCAGCACCGCCUCACCCAAACGCGCCUCCAGACUGGCCCUCCGGGGGCCCCCAGGCACAAUCCUCUCACUUUCCUCCUCAAGCCCCCGCCUUCCCCCUUCGCACUGUGACCCAGGGGCUACUAGCAGCUGGGCCGGGCUCCAAAGCUUGAAGCUGCUUCUCCCGGUCUCUUUCCAGGGGGCGGCGGAUGGCUGCUCACUCAGGGAUGCCAACACCAACAGGACGGGACCCAUGUAUGGAUCUGACUUCCCUCCCAGGCUCUGCCUUCACUCAAUGUCCCUGUGGGGCAGCUGGGGCUCCCGGCCGCCCUCCCCUGCCCACAGCCGUGAGGUUGCUUCCUAGGGUUCUGUUUUCCCCACAGUCGGAACUGAGGUACUGGGAGGCUCCAGAAGAGGGAUGGGGUGGAGCAAGUGGCCUGGAGCCCCC